CGUCCUUAUCCCUCCGCAUCGGCACCGAUUAGAAUAUCUGCAUCUGCAGAUUCAACCAUGACAAAAUACGCUUGGCAUUCAAGCAGCAGUGUUGGAAUAGCCCCCCCAUGAUUCAACCCUUCUUAUCAACCAUUUUUCGCAGCAGGCGCUGAUUUACAGGUUUUGUUGCAGUCCUGGUAUCGGCAUACAUACAUUUAGAUCGGCACCUGAGGUCCAUUGGUGUUUGCCUCUGUGUCAAGUGUGGCCAUGGCUGUUGAAGCGGAUGAAGCGGGCGGAAUUGAUCUCAAGAGGCUCGAGGCCAUCCUUCAGCAGUUCGACAUCACAAUCGCCGAGGCGAAUGAUCUGGUAGAUCUGGAUAAUCACAGCUUCGUGAUUCUUGCAGAUGAUUCUGGGAGCAUGAAGAACAGCAGUCUUUCAGCCGAAGAGCUGAACUCGAACGCUGAGCCGCGUUCGCGCUUCGACGAGGCUAGACAAGCGGCAUCGAUGAUUAUCGAGAUGGCUUCCUGCUUCUCUGACAGGGGCACAGAUCUGUAUUUUUGCAACAGGAGGUCUCGGCAGCACAUCAAAAGCAUGAACGACGAAGAGUUCCAGCGUGCCUUCGACAAGUUGCCGAGCGGUCCAUCGAACCUUGGCCAGCGAAUCCUGGAGGUGGGCGAGCGUGCGGCCGUGCGCAUGGGAGUGGAACGACCGAUACUCAUUUUUGUGCUCACCGAUGGCUUGGUGGACAAGCAGGACCUGUUCGAGAAUAAUGUUGAGGCGCUGAUGAAAAAGAAAACCAAAGCCAAGGGCAAUUUCAAGCUGCAGCUCAUGGCCUGCACAAGCAAUGCGGAGGAUGCAGAGUGGCUCUCCCAGCUGGAGUACAAGUUCGAGGCCGUGGACUGCAUCGACGACUACCAGGAGGAGCUCAAGCAGGUGAUCAGAGCAAGAAAGACGAAGACUUUCACCCGAGGGGACUGGGUCCUGAAGGCGAUGCUGGGUCCGAUCAGCAAGAAACACGACAACCUGGACGAGGGUGGACUGCUCGUGAACCUGUCCGAGGUCACCAACUGGACGGGCGCGUGUCCCUGCUGCACCAAGCUCUUGGGAAUGAAGUAAGGUUCCAAGCUCUUGGGAGGAGGAGGAGGAGGAAGACGAGGAGAUCCGCUUUUGACCGUCCCAUGGCCCGAUAGGCCGAAGUCGAGUAACAGCGCCAGUGAAGAACUCAUACCGUUGGAGAUCCAGGGAGCUGGCUCCCGGCAGCGCCAAUGCGCAUUGCCCGCUCCUAUCCGGGCGCUCUCGCACAUGGCUUGGCGCGCGGCAAAAGGAGAGGGCUAUGGUAGCGCG